AUGCUGUCCACGCGGCUCCUUCUGCACGCAUCGUGCCUUUUGGCAGUGCUUCUCUGCCUCUCCUCGGCGCCAUCUCGAGCGGCUACGGUCAAGCAAGGGGUGGAUCUGAGGGCCAGAUUCACGAUACCUCCAGAGGAUGCGUCCAACGUGAAACGCGUCUUUUUGGAGGUUUCGCAAACUACGCUCUGGGCUGACGGUCAGCCGGUCCCUGGCGAACCCGUUGUCAAUGGCACAUCGCCUGGUCCCGUCCUUCGGUUCAAGAAAGGAGAUUUCCUUGUGAUCAGAGUCACCAACAAAAUGUCCACUUGGAACACAACAAUGCACUGGCACGGUCUCACGCAAUCCAUGACACCCAUCUCGGACGGCGUGCCGAUGGUCACGCAAUGGCCCAUCCCGCCCAACACGUGGUUCGAGUACGGCAUAAAGCUUCGAGACAAGGGCACCUACUACUACCAUCCGCACGUCGAUUUGCAGCAAACCACAGCUCAUGGUGCUUUCAUCGUGGAAGAUGGUAAAGAACCUCCAUACAAAUACGACUUGGACAAGCCCUUGAUCCUGGCAGAUUACUACUACCAGCCACAAGAAGAGCUCCUUCAGGGUCUGCUUGGCCAGCCAUUCAAGUGGCCAGGAAGCGCAAAGGCGCUCUUGCUCAACGGAAAAGCACUGAGCAGCGCACCCUGCAAUCAGACCCUAGCUUCGACUUAUCAGCUCGACUGCAAAGACGCGCCUCGGAACGCUGGCAAAAGACCAGAGAUCGUCCAUCUCGGUCAUGGCAAGACGAUCAGGCUUCGCUGGAUCGGCGCGCAAUCCGUCAUGUACACCAAAGUCGCCAUCGCCAACCACAAGCAGCGCAUCAUAGAAGCCGACGGCACUUACACCAAAUCUCUCGAGGUGCCCGACAUUGAGAUCGGACCUGGACAGCGUUACUCGACACUAGUGCACGGCAAGACCAAAGAAGCCGUGGAGCAAGACGGCUCUGGAGGCUGCUACUGGAUUCGCCUCGAGAGUCAGUGGCGCAACCCGGGCACCUUUGGCUGGGGCUUGCUAGCCUAUCCAUCUUGCGACGUCGACAAGGUGCUUGCGCAGCCCCAGCCUACCCCGGCUCCGAUCAACAGUACCGAGAGGAUGCUGCCCAACUCGACGUUUGGCUGGAUUUCCGGAUCUCUGGCGCCGCUCAAGGAGCCCAGCAGCCAUCAAGAUCGCAUGCCUAGCGAUUCCGAAGUCUCUAGAAGAGUGAUUUUGAAUGCUCAGCAGAUCAACAUCUUGGGAUCGAUGGGCAACUACUCUCGCUGGACCCAAAACGACGUAUGGUACGUCGAGGGUGCGGAUCAGCCGAUUGGGCGUAUGGCGACCAAGGUACCGUACCUCAUUCAGCUCUACAAGCGCUUGAGAGAAGCGCCUUCGUGGAAUCGCGCCUUUACCACUUCGGAUAACAAACAUCCCAAAGGCUUUGAUCCUCUCGCACAAGUAUGGGUGGCCAAGCCGGGCGAGGUGAUCGACGUUGUCAUCAUCAACAACGGAAGUAUGGCCAGCGGUCAGACCGAAAUCCACACUUGGCACAAACACGGUGACAAGCACUGGACGCUCGCCUCUGGACCUGGAAACUUUAGCGCAGAGGCCCUUGCACAGGCGCGCUCGAACGGGCAAUGGUCUGACCCCAUUCCGCGCGACACUUCCACCGUCUGGCCAGGUCCAGGCGAGACGACUGCCGAUCCAAAAGUGGUGCUGCCAGCGCACUCUUCAGGAGGCUGGACGGUGCUCAGGACAAAGAUUCAGCACAUGGACUUGGGCGUGUGGUUGUUGCAUUGCCACCUCAUCUUUCACGCGGCCAUGGGCAUGAGCACCACGUGGGCUCUCGAUAUUCCGAAGCUUGGAGCUUCUUCCUCGCUCUAUGAUGAUCCUGACUACCUCGAAUUCGGUCGAAAUGUGACCUCUCCGUACACGAACAUGAGACCAUAGCCGUACAUUUCCUCCGCCGUGCCUAGUCAGCGAGUCACUGUAUAUUUUCGUGCAAUACUCCGAGCUCCCUCCACUGCCUCACUAUAAUGAUAAUGCACC